GUCAGUUGUCAAUUCAUUGCCGAUGGCUGUUUAUCUUUUUGCUCUAUCAUAAUAGUGUAGCUGUUUUGCACAGAGCGUGGCAGUUUCCGGUACUAUUGAAACAUUUUAUUGUACAAUUAGCAGUGCUCUUUGUUUUUGCACCAUCCUGUGAAGCUAAAUCAACAUGCCAACCGUCGGUGUUAAGCGUGAUUUACUGUUCAAAGCUUUGGGCAGAACGUACACCGAUGAUGAAUUCCAAAAGCUUUGCUUCGAGUACGGGCUGGAGCUGGAUGAGGUGACAACCGAGAAGCAAAUGAUCACCAAAGAACAAGGCGAGGUGGACGCAGCAAAGGAUGCCUCCGAGGAUAUUAUCUACCGGAUCGACAUACCGGCAAAUCGGUAUGAUUUACUCUGUCUGGAAGGAUUAGUUCUAGGGUUGCAGGUUUUCCUGGGAAAGAUGGAAUUUCCACGGUUCCAAAAAGUAGCUCCUGUGGCAGGGCCAGCUCAGAAACUAAUACUAACCGAGGCAACGAAACAAAUUCGUCCCUUUGCAGUGGCUGCUGUUUUAAGGGAUGUGACCUUUACGAAAGAUUCUUAUAACAGUUUCAUUGAUCUGCAGGAUAAACUGCAUCAGAACAUUUGCCGAAAGCGUGCUUUGGUUGCAAUCGGAACUCACGAUUUGGAUACCGUGCAGGGGCCAUUCACAUUCGACGCUAAGGCUCCGAAGGACAUUAAAUUUGUGCCUUUGAAUCAAGAAAAGGCUAUGACCGGAGAAGAAUUGAUGGAGUUUUAUUCAACUCACGUCCAACUGAAAGCUUAUCUGCCCAUUAUUCGUGAUUCUCCGGUUUAUCCUAUUAUUUACGAUUCGAACGGAGUGGUUCUGUCACUGCCUCCAAUCAUCAACGGAGAUCAUUCGAAGAUAAAAAUCGAGACGAAGAAUGUUUUCAUCGAGUGUACGGCCACUGAUUUGACCAAGGCUAAGAUAGUGCUGGACACAUUGGUUUGCAUGUUCUCCACUCACUGUGCGAAACCUUUUACGGUGGAGUUCUGCGAGGUGGUCAGUCCUGCAGGGGAAACUGUCCAGUAUCCGGAGUUGGCAUUUAGGAAGCAAUGCAUAUCUGCUAAGGCUGCUAAUGCCUAUAUUGGUAUAACGGAAAGUCCCGAAUCAAUGGCGAAAAUGUUAAAUCGUUUACUGCCAACGACGCAAAAUGCUACGGACAAGGACCAACUGGAGGUUUUGGUUCCACCGACCCGCCAUGACAUGUUGCACGGGUGUGACAUCUAUGAGGACGUUGCAAUCGCUUAUGGUUACAAUCGGAUUCCGAAAACAUUGCCCGGAACGGCGCAAAUUUCCAGACAAUAUCCAAUCAAUAAGCUAACCGAACAACUACGAGAACAAAUUGCUCAAGCCGGUUUCACCGAGGGUCUCACCUUCACACUGUGCUCGCGGGACGACAUCGCGUCGAAAUUGAAUCGUAAAAUCGAAGACAUACCUGCGGUACACAUUGCAAAUCCCAAGACAUUGGAGUUUCAAGUCGUUCGAACCACGUUGAUUCCUGGUUUGCUGAAAACGUUGUCUGCCAAUCGCAAAAUGCCGCUUCCGCUAAAACUGUUCGAAGUUUCCGACGUGGUCCUGGCGGACGCAACCACCGAAGUCGGGGCGCGAAACGAACGGCGUGUUUGUGCCGUUAAUUGUAACAAAACUGCCGGUUUCGAAGUGGUUCACGGUUUGCUGGAUCGUGUCAUGCACCUGCUGGAGGUCGCCUGGGAUAAGGAAAGUGGCUACUACCUGAAGGCGGCCGAUGAUGCGGCAUACUUCCCCGGCCGGUGCGCUUCUAUACUGUACAAAGGUACAGAGAUCGGGAAGAUUGGCGUGCUGCAUCCGACGGUACUGCAUGCCUUCGAACUGACCACUCCCUGUUCGGUGCUCGAGUUCAAUAUGGAGUAUUUCGUUUGAAAGGGGUCCGUUUGUUACUAUUACUUUAUACUUCAAUUGCAAUCGUUGAAUAAUGCCACUAUUGAUUCAAGCUAAAGAAACAGUUUUCGAUAGAAACGAUGACAGCCUUCUUUUUAG